AGAUUGAAGCAAGCUGCAAAUGAAGAACCAACUUUUACUAAAAAUUCAAAAAGAGAAUAAUUAAGUAAUUUCAGUAACAAAAUACGAAACGGUAACAAAUAUUUAAAUUUCUAAUAAAAAAAAAACAUAAUAUGCAAAAUGGAAUCUGAAGUCACACUUAAUAAUUUAACAAAUGAAGCAGGAUCUGGGAUUAUUCGAAAAGACAACAUUUUUGAAAAAUUAAAUAAGCGUAAUAAAGAUCUACAAAAUUUUCUAGAGACACGUUUAGAGCAACGUAUUAAAGAUAAUCAACCCCUUGAAGAAUUCAGUCAGCAAUUUGCUGAUAGAGCUGAAAACAUUGAAUUCAAAAUUGAUAAUGCACAACCUAAUACAAAUAAAUCAGAAUUAACAAGAUAUUUCGCUGGAAUUAAUAACGAUAUACAAGAAUUGCAACGCUAUUUAUCUCAAUCAACGGUUUUAUUGCCGGAUUUCAAUGUGAAAACUUGUCAAAAUGUUUUAAAUGAUCUGACAGCCCGAUCUGAAGAUAUUCGAUUAAAAUUAAUUCCGAAGAAAAAGUUUGGUUUUAGUAAAGCUAAAGUAACUUCUAUACCAAUAAAGGAACAAAAAUUAGUUGUUAAUAAUAAUGGUAUUCCUCCAGGUGAUAACAAGGAAAACGAUAGUAAUGAUAAAACUGAUUCUUUAACUGAAAAAGAAAUUUUGGAUUCCUGUCCAGUUUUUGAUUGGACCGUAUCAAAAAGGCAAAAUGAAUAUAUUUUAUUAGUUGGUGCAGAAGUUGAUUGUAAGGAUGUGACAAUUUCAAAUCUAAAAAAUUGUUUGAUCGAGAUUCAAGGUCAUGCAGGUUCUUUACAAAUUUCUAAUGCAAAGAAUUGUACAUUUUUAUGUGGUCCAAUUUCAAGAUCUCUUUUUGCAAUAAAUUGUUCAAAUUGUACUUUCGUAGCGGCUUGCCAGCAACUUCGACUCCAUUCAUCAAAGGAAUGUCAACUUUGGUUACAUGUUACUUCUCGAGCAAUAAUUGAGGAUUGUAAGGUCAUACAAGUUGGCGAAUAUAAUUACAGCUAUUCUGGUAUUGAUAUUGAUUUCAUAAAAGCUGGCUUAGAUAUUAAUAUAAAUAACUACCGUGAUAUCGCCGAUUUCAAUUGGUUAUCACCUGAUCAACCUUCUCCUAACUGGACAUUAAUUAGUGGAAAAGAAUUAAGUAAUAAUUGGUAUGAAUUAAAAGAGAAAUUUAAAGAAAAUAUAAAAUUAUAGUAUUCACUUGACUAUACCAUUUGGUAUACAAGGAUAUUUUUUUUUUGCAUCAUAAUGACAGCAUUAAGUACACUAUUUUUACAAUCUAAUUUCUCGCAAAUAUUUUCUGUCUAAAAAAUGUACAAUGAAAAAAUUUUUUCAAAAGCUCAUUAUAUUUUUUGCUUUUACUUAUUACCACUAAAAUUAAAAUAAAAUAAUAAACUUUAAAUUAUCAUGGAAACAAAAUAUGUAUGUAUAUGUAAUGUAUUUAUUUUCAUUGUUUAACAUUAUACAAAUUAUAAAACUAUGUCAAAAAAGAAUGAAACAACUGUAACACAAAAUUGAAUAAAGGAUAAUUUGUAAAAAAUAAAA